AUGCCUUUCGCUUAUUCUAAGUUCCACUUUAUUUAUUUACCUGAUCGAUUAGUUGAUGGUUUUCUCUCAUUCGUAAAGCCUAAUUUUAUUUGUUUCAAUCCGAAAGAAUGUCCUGUAUUCACCAAAUCAGCCGUAGAUAUCGUACUAAACAAUGGACUCACUUGUUGUCCUUCUAGUGAACUAACUAACAAAUCAUCAUUUAUUAUCAACAAAGUCGGUGCUGCUGUUGAAAAACUGUUUGUUCGUUGCACAACGACUGGUAUAGAAGAAUCAUGUUCACAUCGAUCACUUUUUCAUUGUCCAGUUUCAAUGAAAUGUAUUUCAAAACAUCGCCUUCUUGAUGGUAUUUCUGAUUGUUAUUUUGGUGAAGACGAAUCAUUUCCUACUUGUCAAUUGAACGAUUCACAAGGAUUUAUUUGUGAAUCUGAAAGAAACAAAUGCUUAUCGCCAAUAGCACUAAACAAUGGUAACAAUGAUUGUAAAGGUAAAGAGGAUGAAAUCAUUGAAAAUGGACUCACUAUUUUAAAAGAAAACAUUCCGUUUGGUCUAUUAUGUGAUAACCAAAACCAUCCGUUAUUAGUGGAAUCGAAUGAAACCGAUGAAACGAAUUGUGAGCAUUGGCCAUGUAAUAACCCUUAUGUUCGAUGUAAUAGUUUUCGAAAUUGUGCCAAUGGUACCGAUGGACUUAAUUGUCCAAAACUAAAAUGUCAAUCCAAUGACGUUCAAUGUCCCAAAACGUUGUUGACGAACAUGUUUUGUAUUCCAUUAAUGAUUUUAAUGAGAAAGUAUUUAAAUUGUGAAGUUAUUUACACUGAACAUGACAAAUCUUCAAAUACUACGAUUAAUAAAAAUACCAUAGAGUGUUUUUCACAUGAUACUCAAUGUACUUCUUCAGGAGAAAUGUGUUACUACUUAAGAGUACAACAAAAAUCUAUUGGAGCGUGUUUCAUUUUCAAUGAAUAUUUCUGCCAAGCACAAAGGCCAUAUUGGGCACCUUUAAUUAAAGGAAAUAUUUGCCCUUUUUUACGACAAGUUUUACGUAGAAAAGAAUUAGAAAAGUCUUUUUUAAUAUCAUCGCAAUUGGGAAAGUUUCCAGAAAAUUCAACUAUAUUAUCUCAUAGAGAUAACUUCAAAAUUAAAAAAGAAACAGUUAUUACGCCACAAAAUAAUACAAAAGAAAGUUGGUAUUGUAAUCGAGGAGUUUUCGUUUAUUUUAAUGAUAACAAAACAAAAAAAUGUUUAUGUCCACCUAGUUACUUCGAUGAACGAUGUCAAUGGCAAAAUCAACGAGUUAGUUUAACAGUUCAGUUGGUACGUCGUGCUCAUACUUAUACUAUCGCAGCUUUUCAGAUACAGUGA